UGGCCAGGGGCGGGAGGGAGAAGCCGUCCCCCUGUCAAGUCUACGGGGGCAGCUGGAGCACAGUCAGAGCUGGCGAUGGAGCCACAUCCCGGGACACCGAGUCUCUCAGUAUCUCCGGGCUGUAUCACCCCGGGGCAGAGCUCGCUGCUGCCCUCGCUCCCCCUGUCACCGGAAACCCUGCACUUUGAUGAAGACGACGACCUGGAGGUGUUCAGCAAGGAUACAACAUUGACUGAUGGAAAUUCAUUCAGUCCUCUAAUAUUGACAUCACCGUCGUCCAUGACCAACCAGUACAAGUUUGAGGACGAGCCAGAUGUCAAGGAUAUCUUCAUUACAGUUGACGAACCAGAAAGCCACAUCACAGCAAUUGAAACCUUCAUCACAUACAGGAUUGCUACAAAGACAACUCGAAGUGAAUUUGACUCAAGUGAGUUUGAAGUCCGGAGACGCUAUCAGGAUUUCCUUUGGCUUAAAAGCAGACUUGAAGAUGCCCACCCUUCGUUGAUAAUUCCUCCAUUACCAGAAAAGUUCAUCGUAAAAGGAAUGGUAGAACGAUUUAAUGAUGAAUUCAUUGAGACUCGCAGAAAAGCAUUACAUAAAUUUUUGAAUAGAAUUGCUGAUCAUCCUACAUUAACUUUUAAUGAAGACUUCAAGAUCUUCCUUACAGCUCAAGCAUGGGAGCUAACGUCACACAAAAAACAAGGUCCUGGACUUUUCAGCAGGAUGGGACAGACAAUCAAGGCUGUUGCUUCUUCAGUAAGAGGGGUUAAAAACCGUCCAGAUGAAUUUACAGAAUUAGUUGAAUAUGUGGAUGCUUUCAGCCAAAAAAUUAAUGUUCUAGAUAAAAUAACCCAAAGAAUUUAUAAAGAAGAAAAAGAUUAUUAUGAAGAAAUGAAGGAAUAUGGGCCUAUCCACACUCUGUGGUCAGCAUCAGAAGAAGACCUCGUUGACCCCUUGAAAGGGGUGGCUGGGUGCAUUGAUAGGUGCUGCAAGGUCACCGAAACCCUGAAUUCUAAACUCUCUGGAGAACUUAUUCCUGUUAUACAUGAAUAUGUUCUAUACAGUGAAACCCUCUCUGGUGUCCUGAAGCGAAGAGAUCUUAUUCAGGCAGAACUUGAUGCCAAAGUGGAAACAUUGAAUAACAAAAAAGUGGAUAGAGAGAUUCUUAAGGAAGAGGUUGAUAAACUCGAAGAUAAAGUGGAAUGUGCCAAUAACGCUCUUAAGGCUGACUGGGAAAGAUGGAAACAAAACAUGCAGUGUGACCUCAAGCUGGCAUUUACCAACAUGGCUGACAGCAGGAUAGACCAUUAUGAAGAGUGCCUUGCCACUUGGGAAACCUUCCUUUCAUCUCAGACAAGUGACCUGCAAUUGGACACGAAGAGGGAUGAUCAAUCCUGAAUUGCUUCAAGCAACUCUUAUGUUUUCCAUGUUCAUUAAAUGUUUAACUGACCAAAGAAGUGCCCCUUUAAACAAGGACUGGAAAUUUAUGCAUAUCAUGUUGGAACAUAAAUGUAUUUGCAACCGAACAAACACUGCCAAAACAAAUCCCAUUUUUUUUCUUUUGUCUUCCAUAUCCAUGAACCUCUAUAUGGACCAUGGUUAAGAUAUAAAGUAUGAAGAUUUUUCUGCAAAUUUUUGUAUGCAUGACGUGUCUUUGUAAAUCAUGGUUUUCUUUUGUUUUGGUUUUUUUCCUUGUAACUUUUGUAUCUUGUGAUUUGUUUUUAAAUAUUAUUCAACAUAUACUGUUUUUAAUGAUGGUGUUUAAUACAGUGCAAUACA